CCACCAGGAGUAAACUCAAUGCCCAGCGCAAUUUUCGAGUUGUUCACAGUCAAUCCGCAGAGCCAGUACGGUUCGCUUCUCAUCCACGUUCUCCACUGUUGUUUUCAUUAAAUUCCAUGAGUAAGGUGUUUUAAUUGUUGUGUUUAUCAAAUCUUCGAUACCUGAUUCGUUCUACUUUAUACUGUCCUUUCUGCUUUCUGUUGCUGUGCAAGUUUGUGUAUGUGGUAGAACCCUUGACCCUCGUGCGCUUAUAUAUGCGCGUAUUAAUGAGCAUUGAAGCUCUUUACGUCAUCAACCGAUAGAGUUUUUCAUUCUUUUUUUUUAUUUCCUUUCCUUUUCUGUGCGGAGGAACGACACUCAAGCGUAUAUCAGUGCAAACUGUCAGUCGUACAUGCGACGCUAAAUUGAGGACAGGUGUCAUAAAUUCGUAGGGCUCCGCGUCGUGAAUCGAUUUAAUCAUUAUUUCAAGUAUUCCAAAUAUUUUUUUUUCUAUUUACGUAGUAUAGUCCGGCUUUGUGUGUCUCAGGUGUUGAUAAUUGAAGGCGUGAGUAAUUAGAGAGAUCAUCGAAGAUGGUAGUUGACACUGGAACUGUGCGUCUGGUCAUCUUCAUCGGAAUGUUUUUAGUCUUCGCUGGGGAUUACACGACUCUCAUAAACUCUGUUUUUGGCAAUGGAAUGGGAUCGGGGAACUCUACUUUUGGAGGUCUUCAGGAUUCUAAAGAUGGACAUGUUGACAGGUUGUCCAUGAUAACAGGAGCGAGAGACGAUGUUGAAGAAGGCAUAUCAAGAAAGGAGAAGAUGAUGGCAACAAUAAAAAACGCUUGUUUACCAAAAUUGAUCUGCGAAUUGACCUCUUCGCCUUAUCAGGAUCAACUGAGCGAAAUGGAAAAGUCACUGUUGAAUUUAAUCAGAGAUACAAGCCUAACAACAAUGGCGGAAGUGGCCUCGAGAUAUCAUUUCGCUGCGCAUAUGGGUCAACUAAUCGCCGGAAUCGAGGGUCAAGGCUGUCACAAUUUUUAUCCAACUUGUCCUCUACCCCGUUCCAGUGUACUCAAUAUGAUGAAGAAAAUCAGAUUGCAUUGAAUUGUCAUGAAUUCCAAUAUAUUUCCCAGGAAUGGCUACAAAGGCCCACCACAAUGCUAUUAUGAAUUUCAAGUGAUCCAGAGAAAUAAUGAUUGAACCUUUAGAAUUGCUUGACGUAUCUGUGAUAUCAUGCGAGAUGCAAUCCACCCAGAAGCCGAAGGACCAGUCUCCAUUUUUUAUGAAAAAUCCAUGGUUUACCUUUUUUGACGAAAACAAUGCUGACAUGUUUGACGAGCGUUAUAGAUACUUCCAUCAAUGACUCUGAGUCGUUUGGUUCAUUUCGACCCUCAGAUCGCUAAUCAGAUGAAUUAUGAAUGAUCAGAUGCAUGACCACAAAUGUUAAUUAAUUAAGUGUAAACAUCAUUGGAUUUGAUAAUUUCGAUGAUAUAUUGAAAUUAUUUUUAUGAAUAUCUACGACUGCAUAGGGUAUUCUUUAUUAUAUUAUAUUAUUGGCGAGUCGAAAGGAGUGUUUUGCAUAUCCUCAUAAAUUUCUUACAGAAAUUUUGUUACUAAAUGACUUUAUGAUAUUUAUAGCAUCCUCAUUUUAUCAAGAAAAGUUAUAAAAUAAGGUUUAUUAAUUUUAGUUCAAAUACGAUAGGAUAUUUAAUUACUAAGCCGUUAGGGACUUUUCUGGCGAUUGUGAGCUCACAAUGCAAAUGCAAUCGUCAGAAAAUUUCUUUUCGGCCGAGUAACGAAAAUAUUUUUUGUAAGUCAGUCCCUAGGGAGGAUUGUACGACCGCGCAGUGGUCGCAAAGCGUUGCUUCACGGACUGAGUGAUAAAAAUGAGAUAACGAACUUCUUAAGAAAAAAAGCAACAUCUACAGAAAAUUGUACCUAUAAAAAAUACCAUCGUUUUUCCGUUUCUAAAUAUAUAUUGGAACGAAAUCGAAUAUUUGAUGUGUCGAUCCUCUAAUCUUUUCCCGAACUGUCUAACUGUUAUUUUCUAAAUACAGAAACUCUUUCUGUAAUCCGAUGAAUAAAGUCCACCUCUUUUCAUAAUUAUGAGUUUAAGUGUUGCACUCUGUUCUAAAAUUUUUACUGAAUAAAUAUAUAUAUAAUUUUUAUUGAAUCAAACUGUCCUUGGCACAUCAUUAUUUAGAUAAUUUGCCAUAUAUCUGAAGAAACGGUGGUUUUGUGACAGAUUAAGAAUCCGUUUUGUCACAAGAGAAAUAAAAAAACAAUACUUUA